AAAUCCUGAAGAACUUAAGAAGCUCAAUUUGAAACAUGGUUAAAUAUCGUAAUAUUGUUAACAUUAAAAUGGCGAGACUACUCGGAGGCCCCAAAUGUGAAAAUGGUUGAAGUUCCACUUGAGAAGCGAAUGAUGACGUUGGACGGAAUAAACGGAGUCAGGAAGGAUGUUCCAGCAAUCCAUGAGGUCUGGAAACAAACUAGGGAAUGGUUCCCUUACCUUCCCCCUCCUUCUCAACAGGAACUUGUGCUGACAGGUGCUGAGGAUGCCUGGCUGGUUCAUGGUGACCAGGUUGAGCAGGAUUUGGUUUGGUUACUCCGUCUACCUUGUCACAAGUUCUGGUCCCAACUUCAGUUUGAUCCAAACCUUCAGAGAUUCUUGGAAGGAAUUCUUCAGCAGUUCCCCCGGGAGUACGACUCAUCAUCCUCAUCCUCUUACACCUCCUCUCAAAUACAAAUCAGGAAUAGAGAUAUUUUACACAAACUGUUCCUGGUUUUCCUUCGUAUCUGCACCUAUAAGGAGUCCGCUAGUGAGUUCUUUAGCCCAGAGUACUAUGGAACCCUGAUCUAUGAAAAGUAUAUCCUGGAUUUACCCAAGAUUAUUGAUAUAUGCAGUCUCUUCCGUCCUUGUAACCGGGAGAUUACUAUCAAGAUGGUUGCAAAUGUUUUCAAGGUACAGUCUCGGUAUUGCGAGGAUUUGUUUACUACUGGAGAAUCUAUAGGAGAAGCUCUAGAUAAUGCUGAGGAACAGUGUCAGACGUUGAGUAUGUCGCUGCCUAGCCGGAAGAAUGUUGACGGAUUGUUUGAUCUUGUUGGUUUCCUUCUAGAUGUUUCUAGCUCUACAUAUUCUCUUCUAGAUAUAUUCCCGGGGGCAGGGAAACCUCUUCAACUUGCAGGUUUUGAGAUGAAGCUUGCAGGGUUCUACCAUUCCACAAUUCUUGGAGUUCAGCAGAUUCUUGAGAGAUUUGUUGAGUCGGAGAUAUUAACGCCAGAGGAGUCGACUCUUUGCUUUUUUAAUCUCCAGAUAUCUAGGCACAGAUCCAUCCUAGCCUUUAGAACUAUUGUGGAGUUUAACUGUUUAAACCCUGUAAUGAGUGAAACUCACUGUGAUAAAGACGAAGCAUUGGAAGGUUUUUUCUCCAUAUUUACAACUAUUCUUCAAGAAAGAACGUUCCUCUUAGAUUACAACUCCAGAUAUUCACUUCAAGAUGAUUUUGAUGUGUUUGAACAGAGCGGUCUGAAUGUUGAUCCAACACGAAAGCAUUAUAUCCUGGACGCACUUUGUGAAAGUUCUCAGGGUUCGGGUUUCUCCAAUGUACUGACGGGAGAGAAGGAGAAGAAAUCCAGCGUAACUCCGACAGUGGAAACUGUACCUGAAACAGGGGGAGCCACUGCGCUCACUAGUUCUGUCUUAAAACCAACCGAAGAAUUAGAUUCUUUAAUCUCCAGUGUGAGAGACAUGUUACCAUUCCUUGGGGAAGGAUUUGUAGAGAAAUGCUUAGAACAUUAUCAGUUUAAAGUUGAGGAGGUUGUAAACGCUAUACUAGAGGGAAACCUUGCACCGCACCUCGCCUCUUUAGAUCAGUCCUUGGAGAGACAAGCAGUUGAACCUAAACCUGUCCAGGCUCCGAGGUGUAUAUAUGACAAUGACGAGUUCGACGUGAAUUCUAGAGAUGAAAUUGAUUUGUCCCGAAUACACCGUGGGAAGAAGAAUAAGUACGGGAACGCAAUGAAGCUUUUGGAUGAUAAAACGGAUAUUAACAGUAUGAGAGAUCGAUUCUCAGCACUAGGGAUUGUUUCUGAUAUUGAAGUUAUGGUGGGUGAAGAACGAGAAUACGAGGAUGAGUAUGAUGAUACAUAUGAUGAUGUAGCUGUGGGACAAGAGGAACCAGAUAGCAGGGACGACGGAGGGAGACAGUUCGUACUACCAGUCGCACUAGGUGGGGGUAAAAUACCUCGCGUUGUUCAAGAGAAAGACGAUGAGGAUGAUGACGAUGAGGAAGAUGAGGAGGAAGGAGUCUUUGGUAGAAAACCGAUGAAUUUUGCCAGAAACCCCGAGGAAAUCCGCCAGGAAAAUGAGAGAAGGCGGCAAGAGAAAAUGAGUAGAAAUGCGCGAAAACCAGCCGCGCAGCAGCAGCAGCAGUAUCAGUCUGCUCGUGAUGUUGUUGGUAAACCUAAAGGUCAAGGUCAAGAUAAACAGGUUUUGAUAAACCGAGCUCGGAAGAACGCAAACAAAGGAAAAGGACACCGGGCUGGGGCCGAGAGGAAACAGGCGAAAGGAAUGUUCUAAAUCUGUGAUAAUUUUCUAUUGUUAAAAUUUCAGA